ACAGUGCAGUACUUUACUCAUAAUUAAGUAUUUUACAGUGCAGUACUCUAAUGAAGUAGUACAUUACAGUUUUACAGUGCGUCUUUAGGUGUUUCGGGCUCGCGGUCAUUCAUUAACCUGUCUUGAUGUAAUUUACGGACAGUGACGUCAGCAGAGAGCAGGAUGUUUUGUUGGACAGAGGUCUCACUCUGUCGCUGUUUCAUGUCACUCUGAUGAGUCCACGUUCAGUAUGAUGAUGUUUUUAGUUUGGGCUUUUGAGUUAGAGUGAGCGCUCCUGUCAGGCUUCACAGCUUCGUAUGUGUGACUUAAAACAGGUGAUCGAUCGAUCGACUCAAAUAUUGAUCACAAACAUCCUGAGCUCAGCAAAAUCAGUCAGAGUGAGACGUCACGGCUCUCUCUCUCUCACACACUCUCUGCACACACACUGACGCAGCAGGAAGUGGAGAAGAAGAAGAAGUCACAGCUGAUCGUGGUCAGGGCGCAGAGAUCAUCAAUAAUUCAUCGAUCAGCUGACUGACGUCACAGUUUGUGUUGCUGACGUGUUACUGACGUGUGAUGAUGUCAGUGCUGCAGCUUCCUGCCGAGCUGUGGCUGCAGGUGUUCAGCUUCCUGUCCUGGAGGGACAAGCUGAGCGUGCGCUGCACCUGUUCCCACUUCAGACACCUGCUGGAUAAGUCCCGCCCCCUGUGGCGAGGCUUCAGUGUCGUGCUACGUCACCUGUCGCGGUACAACCGGCCGUUCUGGCGCAGCCUGGCUCAGAGGCACGUGGGCAGCGUGUCACUGCGGUCAGGUAAGAGAAAACACCUGAAGCAGCUCUCCGCCUGGCUUCCUGCUCUCGACGCGCUGCGAUUGGACGACUGGAAGGAAGGGGGCGUGGACGAGCUGAAAAUGUUCCACCGCCUGCAGCGCGUGUCCAUCACUUCCUGUUCCACGCCGCUCAAGAACAUUGACUUCCUGUUUCCCCUGAGUCAUCAGCUGACGCAGCUCAGCUUCUGUAACGUGCAGCUCACCUGUCCUGCCUCUCACCUGUUGGCUGCUGUCAGUCAGCUGACUCGUCUCACCUCGCUGCUGCUGCAUCACGACGGCAGUCUGAGAUUCCCGACGCUCAGCGGCGUGCUGACUCACCUGCCCGAGCUCAAACACCUGUCCUGGACCAUGAUCACCUACAAAACACUGUCACGUGACUUCUUCAGGCCUGCUGACCUCACAGGUGCAGGUGGUGGCGUCCUGCAGCUCUCUGACCUGCAGCUGUUGAACUAUGACGCCAUGGUGACACAGGAAGUUCUCCAGCCUUUGUCCCGCCUCCGAAGCCUGUCAAUCUUCCACCUGUACUCUGUACCUGGACCCACCUGUCACCUGCAAACAUGGCUGACGUCACUGCCACAGCUCCGAUGCCUCAGUGUGCACGGAGGACACCCUCUGGCGGUGUAUGCUGACUUCCUGCCGUCCUCCCUGCUCAGUCUGACACUCAGUGUGGACCUGCAGCCUGAAGACCUACAGGUGGUGUCAGUCAGAGCUCCUCACCUGGAACACCUGCACCUCGAGCCCUGGAGCUCCUCCUCCAACCUGGUCAGACUCCUCCCACAGCUGUUCCCUCACCUGAGGACGCUCCGGAUCAGACAUCAUCACGUGUCAGACGGUGACUUCCUGCAUCUGCAGCAGCUGCAGCAUCUCGACACUCUGGAGGUUCUGGACUCGUACUACAGACCAGACCCGACCGAUCCCAGCUGGGUCGUCUAUGAACCAAGUCCUCGUCUGCUACAGCUGAUCUCUGACCUGCAGAAACUGACCAAUCACAGAGUCCGAGUCAUCACCAGCUCACACAGAGAUCCACUAACCUGCCACUGUGUCUGACCAAUCACAGACUCUCUGAGCCCACCUGGGCGUGACACUGAUUGGCUGUUCUGUUCAAUAAUCCACUGUGUGUUUGUGUUUCCUUCAUUAACCAAAAACACAAAGCGACCACCUGGUGGCGCUGUUCAAAGAGUGUGCUGGGGAGACAAGACAAUACUACAUCUGUCUGUACUACAAACUGUACUACAUACUAUCUGUACUACAAACUGUACUGCAAACUGUCUGUACUACAUACUGUACUACAAACUGCACUGCAAACUGUCUGUACUAGAUACUGUACUACAUACUGUACUACCAACUGUCUGUAUUACAUACUGUACUACAUAGUGUACUACAAACUGUACAACAUACUAUCUGUACUACAUACUGUACUACCAACUGUCUGUACUUCAGACCGUCUGUACUUCAAACUGUACUUCAGACCGUACUUCAGUCUGUACUUCAGACCGUCUGUACUUCAGUCUGUACUUCAGUCAGUCUGUACUUCAGUCUGUACUUCAUGUACUGCAUGAAGUACAGACUGAAGUACAAUUUGAAGUACAGUCUGUACUUCAAACUGUACUUCAGACCGUACUUCAGUCUGUACUUCAGACCGUCUGUACUUCAGUCAGUCUGUACUUCAGUCUGUACUUCAUGUACUUCAGUCUGUACUUCAGUCUGUACUUCAGUCCGUCUGUACUUCAGUCUGUACUUCAAACUGUACUUCAGUCUGUACUUCAAACUGUACUUCAGUCCGUACUUCAUGUACUGCAUGAAGUACGGACUGAAGUACAGUUUGAAGUACAGUCUGUACUUCAAACUGUACUUCAGACCGUACUUCAGUCCGUCUGUACUUCAGUCUGUACUUCAAACUGUACUUCAGUCCGUACUUCAGUCCGUACUUCAGUCUGUACUUCAGUCUGUACUUCAUGUACUGCAUGAAGUACAGACUGAAGUACAGUUUGAAGUACACUUCAAACUGUACUUCAGUCUGUAC